AGCAGGAUCAUGCUGUUGUUCUGACCGAAGAUGUUGUAGGUCAAUAGUCGCUUAGACCGCAGAACAGUGUAAAGACGAAACGUACAGGGUCUCGUUUGCAGAAAUUGUACCGAUCUGGAGCCGCUCAGCUUUCCAUAUCUGUGCUUCCAAAAACCGCUUUACCUAAUUGAUGGAGCGUAACUACGUGGGACAAGGACAGUAUUCGAGUAACGGAGUUGCAACCGGAGGUCAAAUGAUUUCUUCGGGUCGGCGGGCGGGUAUGGUUCGGAGCAACACCGGCGAGGAACCACCCAUGGGCUAUCCAACCUCCUCUUACGGAGCAGAACAGGAGCAGCACGGGUCGCACGCCCCGAGGUUCGGCCGAAGAGCCUCCCCCGGAGCCACACCAACAGGCGAUGGCAUGGACAUGGAUCCACCUCGCUACAAUUCCGCCUCAUCCGCAUCCGGAGCGGCCCCAGCAGCGCCGCCGCAGCAGGCGCCCAGCCGGGUCCCCAUUGGUGGAGGGGCCGGAGGCAGCGCUAGCGGCGGCAGUAGCAAGCUGGCAAGUCUGCAGAGGCUGAAGGAGGCGUCCACGGCGCGACUCGUGAGCCGCAUUCCCUCGGGCAGCGCUGCCACUCGUGCCGCUGUUGGAAGCGCUGGCAGUAGCAGCAGCAACCCACCUCGCGAGCAGCCUUCCUCUUCGGGUUACGUCCCUUCCGCCAUGACCCACCAGCCCCCAGCCCGGUCAAUACCCGCACGUUCCAACUCCGGAAAUGGCAGCACUGGAUUUGGCGGCGGCGCCGCAGGCGGCGGAUCAGGCAUGUACGGCAGUGGCGCCACCGCUGCUGGCACGGGCAGCAAAGCCAUGUCAGCUCGGUCUGCCUCCACAGGGGCGGCGGCUACGGCAGCUGGCAGACCCCCCUCUGGGCGCGCUAUGGGCGCCGUUCCAAGUACGACAGGUGCUACUGCCACUGCUAGCAGAACCGCCGGGAUAGGCAGUAGCACUCGACAGCCGCCGCAAGCGCCGCCGGUAGCAAGGCGUGGUUCGAGCGGGGGUGGAGCCGCUACAGACAGCGGAGGGUACGGUCGUGCCCCUGUCCCUGCAGCUGGCAGCGGCGCCUACGGUCGUAGCGGUGGCAGCAGCAGCGCUGCGGAUGACGGCUACGGGUACGGCGGCAGCGGCGCCGCAGGGUUUUCCGGCCGUCCGCCGUCAGGCAGCAGCAGGGCGGCACCUCCUGCCUCAAGCGCCGCAGCAGCCCGCCGUCAACCGCCGCCGCCGGCUGCUACUGCUCCUCCUCCUGCUCCUAAGCCUCAGCCCCAACCCAGCAGAGCACGAGCCGCUCCUCCUCCGCCCCAGCCGCAGCCACCGCCUCAACCGCCAUCACCUGGCUUUAGUGGCGGUGGGGGCGGUUUCGGAGGCGGAUUUGGAGGUGGAGGGGGCUUUGGAGGCGGUGGCGGGUUCGGCGGGGGUGCGUUUGGGGGCUUCGGCGCUGAUGACGACGGCGGGGUUCCCCCGGAGGCGGCAGUCCCGAGUGGCCCGCUUGUGGAGUGCCCCACGUGCGGUCGCAGCUUCAACGAGCAGGCGUACUCCAAGCACGCCAAGAUUUGCGAAAAGGUGUUCGCCACUAAACGAAAACCUGUCAACAUGGCCGCAAAACGCUUGGAAGGUACGGAAGCCAUUAAAUUCUUCGACACGCGCAAGGGAGUGCCCAAAUCAGAAGCCAAGGCGGCGGCGCCGGGAGCAGGAGGAGCAGGAGGGCGAGCUGGUGGCGUGGUGCGGGGAGGGGCUGCAGCGGCUCAGCUGCAGCGGUUGGACGAGCGCCCCCUGCCCGGAUCCAAGGUCCCCAAGUGGAAGGCCCAGUCGGAGCAGCUGAGGGCAGCCAUGUCAGCAAACCGGCAAAUAGCGGACGCAAAAGCCAAGGGAAUGGACAUCAAGGACAUCAAGUUCAAUGCCGGCCCAGCUGCACCCGAUGACAGGAUCCAGUGCCCGCACUGCGGUCGCAAGUUCGCUGAGCUCACUGCGGAGCGCCACAUCCCCAAGUGCAAGGACAUCAUGGCAAAACCCGGCAGGCUGGCGGCGGGGGGCGGCAGGGGCGCGCACAUGCGCCGCUAGUUCAGCGAAAGCCAAGGAAAUAACUAUGUGUGUGCACAAAUGCUCGCAAUCCUGACAAGAGUGGGCAAGGGUUUGCAGAGAUGCGCGCCGCUAGAAGCAGCCAUAUGCGCCUAACGCUCACGUCUCGGAAACAGCGAGGAAAGCAGCAGCAGCAGGAAUACCGCAGCAGUAGCAGCAGUCGCAUGCAUGGCAGUACCAUACGUUGGCAGUCAUACACUGUCGUCCACGACAUGAUUCUAGCCGUUUGGGGGGGGAUAAAUGAUAUGUGUGGGGUGGGGGUUAAAAAGAGGUAACUAAUGAGCUGUACGACGAGGCUUCACCAUGGGGUGUGGGUGGGGGGCAACGACUGAAAAGGGUGAGAGAGCUUGCUGCCUACCUUGCUGCCGGGGGUGGCUCGCGUGGUAGGUGGCGCAACUUGAGGGGAUGUUGCAUUGGCUGCGUUAGCGGGUGUGACCGGACCCAGGGUAGGUAAAAACCUUCCGAGAAACGCGGACGUGGGGGUUUCGGGGGCAAGGUUCUGAGGCCCUGUGACAGUAGCGCUACCGUUAGCGUUAGGGUUGCCCUUCUUAGCUGUGUGAUGGUGCCUCGGCGGCGUAGCUGGUUGACUGGGGCUCGCAACACGGCUUGCGGGUUGGGGCACCCAUGCUUAAGGAGGAAGUACGAGCAGAUGUUUACUGGCGUAGGGUUGUGACAGAAAGCAGUCCAAGAGCUACCUGUAGGGUCUAUGGCUUUACUGACUAGGAAUGGAAGGAACGGACGGGAAUGGGAACAGGACGGGUGGCAGGUGAGGUUGGGUAGUUCUAAACUGGUGGUUACUGGACUAGUAAGCACAAGACCGAGAUGACAACAUGGAGCAUGCGGGCUGGCUGACGGACCCAUGGGUCACAUAGCGUGCCAGUUACAUAGUGUGCACCAGUACGAACAGGGUCCUACAGCAGACAAUAUGAUCGCAAAUCGAUGCCAAACUUUGAUGUCUAUUCAGACACGAAUAACUGUACGACGUCAGAGGUUUAUGAACAAAUGAUUAACCGUACUGCCUACGCGGGUACACACGAAACACACAUUAUUGUACAUA